AAAUACAUUCUUUAAAUAGCCAAAUCAGUUACUAGGGAAAUAAUCUGGAUUUUCUUCCCAUUCCAUUGAGGUUACUUCCUUGCUACCCAAAAAGUCUCCAAUGACUGAUUAUGGAAUAGUUGGAUUGUCAAUAAAAACUCUAAAAUGGCAACACAAGGGGAUCUAUUAUUGAGGAUUCGCAGAUGGUUUGUAGACACUGCUUGGGAUCCUACAUGGUCAAUAGAAUUUACAGGGACAAGGGUCUCCUCAACCUUAGAACACAUCUCAUCCACCAUUUCCUUUAUGUGCUUUGUGGGUUGAUUGGGAAGCUUUUGCCUUUCUAACUAAUUUUGGGUGAUGGAAUUCAAUUUUCUUGUUCACUUUGUUGUAAGUUUUGAUAGUUGAUUAUUGAUUAUUUGUAAUAUGAUAAUGACACAGGGAUUAAACUAGAAAAAAAAUGAAAGCAUUGGUUCAGUGAUUCAACCCCACCUUGUCCCCCCCCCCUCCCUCCCUUUUAUUAAUUUUUCUCUUUUCCUUUUCACCUCCUUGGUGUUAUGCUUGAGAAUUAUUUGAUGCAACUAGGGUGCCAGUUUGCAACAAAAUAUGAAACCAGGAUUCAAUGAUGCCAUCCUAGCAUACUUGUAUAAUAUUCUGAUGAUGUAAGUUGGAACCGGCCACCCCUCUGGGCCCUAUUUUCAGAGAUUUGGGAUGGCAGAGAUCGGUGGGGAAGAGCCAAAGAAGGGACUAAUCUUCUCUUAUACAACAUACCCCACACCCAGACUUUCCAUCAUCUAAAGGGAAAAGCAGAGAAGAAUCUGAAAAAAUAUUGAUCUAUUCAAGCUUUGAAUACAUGAAUCAGAAUGAUCUGUAAAAGCCGAAAUCUAUUGAAUAAAGGUGAUCUCCAGGCCAAACAAUAUUUACAUAUUACUCUUCAUGUACAAAGUAACAAUCUAUCUAACCAGAUAAAAAAAUCAAGUGGAAAGAAAAGGGAAAAAAAUAAAAAACCUCUCUCUUCAAUGAAGGAAACCGUGGUGAGGUGGACUCCGGUGUAUAUCCGCUGGCCGUUGGGAGAGAAGAGAGGAAGUGAGAGACAAAAUUGAUUUUGAAACUUUGGGGAAUGGGUGAACCGAUAAACGGUGUUUAAAAUGGAAAAAAUACAGUACGACAUUUUAAACACGUUUAAAACAUGAAUAAACUAACAAAGGUUUGGAUAGCCUUCAAAGGCACAAAACAAGUCUAUACCAUGGAUUCUUGAUAGUGGUUUCUUAGUAAUAUGACAGGAGACAAUUCAGGUUUGUGAAUCUCAACUAAUGUGAUGGAGGAACAACGAGGUUUGGAAACAAUGACUGCCAAGAUUGUGGGGAAAGGAACAAUGAGUUUGGACAAUGGUAGGGUGAAGACCAUUGACGUUAUAUAUGUGGAAGUACACGCAUAUGGCGCUUUGUAUGAUGUGCAGUUUAUGGAUUCCGUUAGUCAAGCCAGUAUUCAUAUCGUAGUUUUUUGAUUCCAUAGGAUGCAAAAAAUUCCAAUCCUUGAGUCCUUGCUUCGCCUGUGCUUUUGAACAAGAUCCAAUGGCCUAAAUUUGAGCCACUUGACUCAUUACAUUUUUCCUGGUCACAUCUCCAUGUUGUGAUGUUUGGUGUGUCACGAAAUCCCUGUAAAAUGACAUAUUUGCUCCCUAAAACUUCUAUGAGGCAUAUAUUUUCCAUUUCAACUCCAAGUGAGGUGUGGUUCUUUGCUAUGGACUCACAAGAACGUGUAGAAUAGAGUGGGAGUGAUUGUUAGAGUUGUGAAGUACUCUAAAGCCAUGAAAUUCAAUUCCUUCAUUGCUUUGAUGAUUGGGAAGAUUGGAGAAGCAUCAACUUGACUUGGGAGCAUUGCUUGGACCUCCAUGGAGAUGAAGACAUAGUGGAAGGUGUGGAGAGGUGUGUUUCAUCCAAGUGAUUAAUUCGCUUUGAUAAUUUCCCAAAUUCCUCUUCUUUUUUUGAACUUGGUUGAGUUUAAUGUCUUGAUAAACCUAGUUGAGCAUUGUAAGGGUGGGGGAAUUUGUAUUUUCAUAUUAAAUUCAUCAUUGUGGGCUGUUGGGUUGGUGCCCAUUGAUUUGGGUUGUAACCCCCGAUUCAUGAUAAGCUCUGAGAAAGUCGUUUGAGGUGGUGUGGCCAUGUUCAACGGAGGCUUGGGGAUGCAAUAGGAAGGAGGAGUGAUCUAAUUCAGAUGGAAAUGGCUAAAAGAUCUAGGGCAGACCUAAAAUGACUGUAGGAGAGAUAGUGUGGAAAGACAUGCAUGGUUUAGAUUUUAUCUCAAGUAUGACCUCUAAUAUGUCUGAUAGGAGGCAAGAAUACGUGUAGCCAACCCCAUUUAGUUGGGAUAAGGCUGAGUUGUUGUUGUUGUAGAAACCGUUGCAUUUCGUUUUUCCUGGAUAUACCAUAAUUGGGAGAAGCUUGUUCAUUUCUAACACUGCAGCAGCCCUUUAGGACAUCCUUCGAGGCUACCUUGCUUUUUUUCUCUCACCCUUGACAUAUUCAGCACAGAUCUGAAGCAGACAAGCACUUGGGAGAGAAUGGCCUCUGCUUAUUAGGUGACCAAUGAUAAUAACUUUUGGAGAUGCUGUAAACAAUAAAAAAUGAAUUAUUUAAGGAAACCGUCUACCUAAAAACCAAUUCGAGAAUACAUUCCCCCAUAGAACAAGUUUUAUUGGGAUCUAGCAGAGAAUUUUUCCAGAGUUUCAAGAAUCCAUAUCCGCAAAAUUUCUUCUCAGCUAUGUAGAUAAGAAUUCUUAUUUUGGACAGCUGCUCCAGAAUCUACCCCUGAAUCAGUAAGGCCUUGUCUAAAUUGAUCUACCUGGUUGAUGGGGCUUUGCAUAUUGAUCCUAAUGCCCAUGUAAAGGAUAUGUUAAGUGAGGAGGGAGAUUUCGAUGUAGAUGCUCUGGCCUUUAUUGACUCUGAGCCGGUUUGUACUGCAAUUAUAAGCAGUAGCAUCAGGCUCUCUGAUAGGGCUGACUAGCUAGUUUGGAUUCCUGCUAGUGAUGGCUUCUUCACCAUCAAAUCGGCAUGGAACAUGGUGCGAUCUCCUCAGCCAAAAAUUACUUAUAAUUAGUGGACGUGGAAUCGUUUUCUCCCUUCAAAAAUUGGGUUUUUUUUUUUAUGGCAAAUCAUCAAUGGUAAGAUCCCUACCAAUGACGCUUUGAUGGAAAUUGGAGUGCCUCUUGUGUCUUGAUGCCUUUGUUACAGGGAGCCAUGGAGGGAGUCUGCCACCCAUCUGCUUAUUAAAAGAGGAACAACCUCUUGGAAAUUUUUUGGGUGUUUGUUGGAUAUGGAAAUUGUUUCAACUCAUGAGGCUUCAAGCAAUUUAUUUUUUUGGCUUUCCAAAGCUGGGAAUAAUAGCAUUUGCGAAUACAUUACAGGACUGGUUUCCUCCUUGAUUGUUUGGGAAUUGUGGAAGGAACGGAAUAGCGUAAGGCAUGGGGAAGGCUCCCAUAUAGCAAGGUCCAUUAUUGUAAAGCUUCUGGAGCUUUACGCUGUGAAAUCAACAAUGGUGGAUGCUGGAAAAAAAACACAAGAUGGGAAAACUUACUCUGCCUGCAUAGAAGACCAUUCGAAGGGUUGCAAGUGUCCACCAGGAUUCAAAGAUGUUGAUGAGAGUGCCAAGAAAAGCUUGCCUGCCAAUGUCUUGAGUGCAAAUGCAAGCACACCUGGGGUGGUUAUGAGUGCAGCUGCAGUGGCAAUGCAUUGUAUAUGCGAGAGCAUGAUACAUUUGAUUUAUCCUUCGAUUCAGGUAAAGAGGGUAUGACAUCAAGCAGCUGGAAUGUUUUCUGAGUCAUCUUCCUCGGUUUGCCUGCUGUGUACAAGUACAGAAUCUGGAGAUACAUGGAUUCAGAGAUUCGGGCCAUCAUGGCUCAAUACAUGCCAUUGGACAAUAAGGGGGAGGCUCCUAGUUUCACAUGAUGUCUCAGCACUGUUACUGUUCUGUUUGCUGAUGUGCCCCUCUUUUGCGCAAGAUUUUGUAGCUUGCUUGUGCUCUUUGUUUACAUGCGUAUGGUGCAGUGAUCACAAAUUUAUCCUUGGAGUCUCUACUGGUCAGCUAUCAGCUAACUGCUUGUCUUUUUGUAUUAUUUAUUAACAGGGAGGGCCCACCCACCAUGCAUGGGGGAGCCUUUGUGGUUCGAAACUUGAUAAAUGACUUAUCCUCACUCUUUACAUUUUGUAUUGUUUGCUCAUUAAUUUGUUCAACGAAGGCCUAGGAAGGAUAGAGUAAGGAAUGAUUAUAUUAGAGUUGAUUUAUGAGUUGUCUCGAUACAUGAUAAGCUCUGAGAAAGUCAUUUGAUGUGGCAUGGUCAAGUUCAACGAAGAUCUUGGGAUGUACCAGGACAGAUGAGUGAUUUGAUUCAAAUUGAAGAAUCUAAAAGAGCUAAGGGCAGACUUAAAAUGGCCCUAGGUGAAAUUGUGGGGAAAGACGUGCAUAGUUUGUUUUCACUCAGGUAUGACCUUGAAUAGAAUUAUUUGGAGGCUAAUGAUCUAUGUAGUCAACGCUAUUUAGGUGGGAUAUUGCUAAGUUGUUGUGUUCUUUUCAUUUUACUAUUAUUUUUAAUAUCUUGUUUUUUCUUGGAUCUAUGUAAUAAUCCUAUAUAGUAGGAAUAAAGUAUUUUUUUAUUUCUUUUUC